AAUGAACAAAUGCGAAACCCUGUUUGUAAUUAUCAUAAUUGUGCUAUUUGGUUUGUCAGCGAAAGAGGUGUUGACUAAUUUAGAUUUUGAGGAUGACAUUGAUGAUGAUAACAAUAAUGAUUUGUGCACAGAAAGUUAUAGAAAUUGUGCUUUAAAAUUGACUGAUAAAUCUCACAUUUUCAAUAUAGAAAAAUCCUGUAAAAUUUUGAGAGAAAUGAAUGUUUGCAUGGCAACAGUAAAGCCCAUCAUCUGUCAAGUAAAAGGCCUUGCUAUGGAUUUAAUGACAGAUACAACAAAUUUAAUUUGUGCUCCAGGUAGUGUAUUUUCUAGCUUUUAUAGUAUUAAUCAUUUGUUACUGUUUGAAGGAUGCAGAAAGCAUUUAUCCAAACUUGAUGGAUUAGAUACAAGAUAUUGUAGCAUACACGAUAAACAGAGAGAACAGAUCAAGAAAUGUGGUCUUCAUCAACUGAUAAUUAACCCAAAUGUAAAUAUUUUUUGUUUAAAAGGACAAACUGCUAACAAAAAGAUUAGAUCUCUCGUUUGA